AUGAGGGAAGGGGAUAGAGCGGGAAGAAGGUGGAGAAGCCGGAGGCAGGUGGAAGAGGAGCAGAAAAGGAAGUUGCAGAUCUGUCUGGCCCUCCGUCUCCUGUUCCUGAGCAUGGCACAGGCCACACGCGGCUGCUCCAGCUCUUCCCCACAGCUCCUCAGCCAGCUGCAGAAUCAGGCGAACAUCACGGGGAACACGGGAUCGCUCAUGGAGCCCUAUAUUCUCCUCCAAAGCCUGAACACAUCGGACCUGAGAGCUGCCUGCACAGAGAACCCUGUGACCUUCCCGAGUGAGGACACCCUACGGGCCCUGAGCAAGCCUCGCUUCCUGAACACUGUCCACGCCACACUGGGCAGAGUCUGGCGCCAACUGGGUGCUUUCAGACAGCAGUUUCCGAAGAUUCAAGCUUUUCCAGAGCUGGAGAGGGCCAGGCAGAACAUCCAAGGCAUCAGAAACAAUGUCUACUGCAUGGCGCAGCUGCUCCACCAUACCCUGGAGAAACCCGAGCCCACACAGGCCGGUUCUGGGACCUCACCGUCCACCUCUACAACACCAAGCAUUUUCCAGGCCAAGCUAGACAGCUGCCGCUUCCUGUGGGGCUACCACUGCUUCAUGAGCUCAGUGGGGAGGGUCUUCAGGGAGUGGGGAGAUGGCUCCAGCCGCAGCCGGAGACACAGCCCGAGACACAGCCCGCUCCGGGCCUGGCGCAAGGGAGCCCGCAGAAUCAGACCCUCCCGGAGCAGCCAGAGCCCCACGUCCAGGGUCCAGGUGCCCCGGUAGCCUGAGGACACAUGGAUGGACACGGCAUAGUCUGUGGAUGCGGGAUGUCGCCUCUCAGAGGCUUUCGGAGAUGCUCCUGCAUUCAGAGCGGUGCAGAACAGCACUUUAAGGCGUGGCGCUGGGAGGCCCCUCCCACCACGGCUGGACGACGAGGAUGGUCAGGUUGUGGUGGCCCGCUCCAAGCCUCCAGUCCGAGUGGGGCGUCUGGGUCAGGCCACGUGGGGACGGCUUUCCAUUGAUUCAGGGGUCUGAUGACACAAGCUGACUCACGGCUGGGCUGAACCCCCGAGGCUGUUGGUCCUUUCCUCUCAUGACUUGAAGCCGUUGCCUCCAGACUUCCUCCUUUCCCUGUGGCUGAGUUCCAAAGGCAAGGUCAGGUCCGGGGCUCUCUCCUGUGCCUCAUCCCAUUCAGACCAGAUACCUGGACGUCUGGGAGACCUCACGCUGGACAGUUGCGACAGGGGCAGGGUGUCCUAAAAGGAGCACUGAUCUAGGAGUUCAAGGGAAGAGAGCUCAGAACUCUAGUUUGUUCCCUGAGUCUCUGCGUGACUGUGGGCAGGACACUUUAUGUAUCUGAACGUCAGCGUUCUCUAUGGAAAGCUGUGUCGAGUGUGUGUGUGUGUGUGUGUGUGUGUGUGUGUGUGUGUGUGUGUGUGUGUGUGUCCGUCCUUAUGUAAGGCCCCUCCGCCUGUCAGCUGCUGGACUCUGUGCCAUAGGGUGGACAUCAAAGUCUCUGUAAAUGGGAACAUACGGUGCAAACGGUCGUGGGGUGGGUUUAUGGGAGAUCUCCCAGCGCCUGGAAGCCCCAUCUUGGGUCCUCGCUGCUUGUUGCUCCCUCUGGUGGUGUAUUGUGGAAUUUUCACACGCUGAACCGGUCCUCCUGGAAGGGGACUCAAAAGCUGAAGAGCAAUUACUUGGAGGGACAUGACUAAUUUAUUGAUUUUUUUUAUCAGUUUUUAAUCAGUUUUAUAUUUAUAAGGCUUAUUUAUAAUGUAUAUUUAAUGUUAAUAUUUUGCUAACAUAUUUAAAAC